AUGAUCAUAAAGAAAUUCUUUGUUUCAUUAGAAAAACAUUAUUUUGUUCAAACAUCUUGAUAUUUCAUAUUGAUUAUAUUGGUAAUGCAUAAAAGCAAAAAACUGAGUUGACAGAGAGUUUGUGAUGAAUAUCUAGCCCAGAAAAUUUUGAAGGACAUAAGCAAUUGGAAAACAAUUGACUCUAUUAAAACCUCUUAUUUAAAUAAGCUCGAAUUACUUGGCCUUCCAAAUAUUUACACUCUAUUCAACAAAUUUUUGAAUAAAAAUCUCAAAGAAGACCUCCUAAACUUAACAUUACUUUCAAGAUCCUCAAAAGAAAUUGAUUUGGCUUGCAGUAAUGCGAUUACCAUUCUAGCUAAAAGCGAUUUUUCUUUUAAAAACAUAAAUUUCAGCAAUAUUCGCAUCCCAAAAGCUGACUUAUCUCAGUGCUUAUUUAUAAAAGUAAAUUUUGAAGGCAGUGACCUAAAAGAAGUCAAAUUUUUGCAAUCACAUAUUAUUAAUGUGAAUUUUAAAAACUGCGAUUUAAGUAACGCAAAAUUUGGGCUUGCUAUGAAAAUUAAUUCACAAAAGGGAAAAGGAUUAAGCUUUUCUGCUAAUGAUGACCAUUUUUACUAUAAAACUGACGAUAUUUUGAUGGAAGUAAAUUUAAAAAAUCAAGAAUCUAAAAUUAAAGCUGACUUAAGAGAAUUUAUUUCCUCAAAAAUUAUAAGAAUUCAUACUUUAAAAUUUUAACUUAAAUUACUUAUAAAGAAGUCCAAUGCUCACCUCCGGAUAAAGCUCCACAAUUUGCUUGCCAGUAGGACAAGGAUUUCUACUCCAUUAUUCCAAACGAAUAAAACUUGAAAUCUCUGCCCAAGAGUAAGAGACGCUGAUCAUAAUGCUUGCAUUGCCUUCCAAAAAAUACGGAUAACGAUUUUGGUCGAGUUGUCUAACUCAGAACUCGGGAUGUAGUACCUUGCAUCACUCUAAGAAUUUAUUCGAUUGACCACGUGCCAUCCUUAGUCUUAUUAGGCAUCCCAUUUCUAACUCCAGCCAACCAUAUCCUCAAGGGUUAAGCCUUGAUCUGUAAAUUAGCCUUCAGUCUGCUAAUUCAACACGGCGCUCAAUCAAGCCGGUAAAACCCGGCAGACACGCAUUUCCGAACGCUAUCCUCUCUUUCACAAGAUCCUGGGCUUUCUUAGAACCUGCCAGAUUACAGUUACUAAGAGGGCAGUUUGGCUACACAAUUUUAAUGUAUACAUUAAGAUUCAUAGUACAAAGUUAAAUCCUGUUAUAUCAAUGACUCAUGGACAAUACAUUAAAUUUUGGGAUGAAUAUGAAAAAAAGCAUUUAUUUGAAAUAAAUACCAUUAAAUUGGAAAUUUCGCAAAAUUGAAAAUUCAUAUAAUACCUACUAAAAUUUCUGAUAAAAAUUAAAACUCCGUUUUUCUAUAUUCUAUAAAUUAUAUUUUUAGGACAGUAGGCAUGUUUGCAGGAAAAGCUAAUAAACUAUAGCAGCACAUGAUAAUAAAUCUUUUGUCCGGUGCUGAGAUAUAGAAAACAGUCAUCAAAUUCUUGGUCCUUUUAAUAAAAUUCCUUAUAAAUGAGGACAAUUGGUUUUUUCUCCAUCCAGCAAAUAUUUCGCAAUAAAAAAAUCUACCAUAAUCUAUAUAAUUGAAACUGAAAAUUGGACUCUUAUCAGAUCUGUUUGAGGCAAAUUCUCUGCUAAAGGUGUAAUUGCUAUCUCAUCUUGUGGAAGAAAAAUUGCUUAUAGUGAAAAUGCCUUAUUAUAUUUAAUAGAUGCUGUGUCGUCACACCAAACAAAAAUUUUUUCUAGAAAUAAAAAAAUUCAGGCAUUGUCAUUUUCUCCUUGUGGGCAAUUUUUAGCAUUUGGGUCAAAUGAAGGGGCUGGAUAUAUAAUGUGCUUAGAAAAUCAAAGAAUUUUACAAAUUUUUACUCAUUCAAAGCAAAAAUUAGUAUCAGUUCUGUUUUCAACGUCAAGCAAAUAUAUUUCUUGAACCAAUUCGCAGGGAGAUAUCUGAGUGUAUGAUUUUUUCCCAAAAUUUUUAAAAAAUGAUAAUAAAUUGCAUUUUCUAGUCUCAAAUGUAAAAGUGUCACCAAAAGGAACGUAUCUGCUUAUUUUCGGUACAAAAAAAGCUAUCUUAUGAGAUUUAACAGAUUUCAACCCAAAACAAAUAGAGCAGCUUGCUUUUAACAGUUUUUAUGCUGAUUAUGCAUUUUCUCCGUUCGAAACUUACCUAGCCCGAAGAAUCUACAAAGCUUUUGAUAUUUACCAUUUAAAGAGUGGCAUGUGGGUAAAAACAAUAAUAACUCAAGAUUAUAUAUACGAUUUCACAUUUUCUAAUUGUGAAAGCUAUUUUAUCUGCUUAAACUGAUAUACUUAUGAAUAUCACAGGAUUCCUUAUUUGGAUAAAGUUAGAGUAGUUGAAACCAAAAUCCAAAGCAGCAAUCACAUUAAAUUUACUAGUAAAUAUGAUUUUCGAUUUGAUCCUCAAUGCUUUCUUUACAUAUGGGACUUAGAAAAAGAGUAUUUUAUAAAAAAAAUUCAUAUAGAGCAGAGACCAUAUAUAUAUGCAAUUGAACCUAUUUGCUCGAAAUUUGCUUUUCUGGUUUCGGCACAAAGGAAAACAUAUAUUAGAAUUUUAAGCAUAAAUACUGAAGAGAGUGUUUAUAUAGAAAGUCAUGAAAACAUUGCUUCUUUAUGCUUCAGUCCUAACGGGACAGCACUUAUAUGAGGAAACGAUAAAGGAAUUAUUAAUAUAUGGGAUAUUAAAACUCAGACUGUAAAAGAAAAGAUCAGAUCUUUAUUUUUGAAAUCUAUUGAUUCAGUUGAAGCUGUGAAUGGACAUAUAAUAAUUAGAGAAAACGAUAAUAUCGAAAUUUUUAAGACAGUCCAAUUAGACGAGAGCUUUUAA